GGUAAGCUUGCAAAGUAUAGAAGAAUGUUACUUGAACCAGAAGGAGGAAGCGGCGGAGGCAAGGGGCAGGGAUUUGAAGUGCAAAAAAGUGGUGAUGCUCGUGUUUGUUUGAUUGGUUAUCCUUCAGUGGGUAAAUCAUCUUUCUUAUCGAAGGUUACAAAGACAAAAUCCGAGGCUGCCGCAUAUGAGUUCACGACUCUCACAUCAGUUCCGGGGGUUUUGGAAUAUGAGGGCGCAGAGAUUCAAGUUGUGGAUUUACCUGGUAUUAUAAGAGGUGCAAGUGAAGGUAGAGGUAGAGGUAGACAAGUUGUUGCAACAGCAAAGACUGCUGAUCUGAUUAUAAUUAUUCUAGAUGCCACAAAGUCGCAUCAACAACGUGAACACCUGGAAAGAGAGCUAGAAGCUAUUGGUAUUCGUCUAAAUAAAGAGAGACCUAAUAUGAGUAUCAAGAUAAAGAAGACCGGAGGAAUUAAAUUAAAUUGUUUGACACCUCCUAAAUACAUUGAUGAAAAACUGGUGACAUCAAUUCUCAAAGAUUAUAAAGUCCACAAUGCCGAUGUUAUGGUUAGGGAUGAGAACAUAACGGUUGAUGAUUUGAUAGACGUUAUAAAUGAACAGCACGUUGUUUAUACACCAUGCCUUUAUGUGUACAACAAAGUGGAUUCAGUUUCCCUUGAGGAGGUUGACCGGAUUGCGAGAGAGCCAAAUACAGUUGUGAUGUCUUGCGAACUAGAUUUAGGAAUCCAAGAUGUUGUUGAAGAAGUGUGGUACAGAUUAGACCUAUUAAGAUUAUACACAAAGAGAAGGGGAACUGCACCUGACUUUAGAGAGCCGAUGGUCGUGAGACACGACUCCUCAAUUGAAGAUGUAUGUAACUCUAUUCACCGGGACUUCAAGUUUCAGUUCAAAUACGCAUUGGUAUGGGGUUCUUCAUCCAAGUUUGGCAAUGCUCCACAAAAGUGUGGAUUGAAUCACAAGGUGCACGACCAAGACGUUGUUUCCAUCUUCACGAAAUGAAUUCGGGUAUAGUGUGGUAUAUAAUGUUUUUCUAAUUUUCAAUUCCUGAUCUUUUACUCAGCUAUAUUUUUUGUUCUUUCAUCGAAUAGCCUCUUAUCUUCUGCCAACUGAGAGCUGAAAAGAUCUAUCUUUUCAUCCCAAACAUCCAACCGACUCUCCAUUGUGGAAAGCUCUUUUUCUAAUCCUUGCAAAAAACUCACACUAUUUGCGGUUCCUACAAUAAGAUCAUUCAAGGAGCUAAACCGGUCCACUAUUUUUCCCAACAAAGACGCAAAAUCAGGUAACGUUUUAACCUUAUCGUAUAGAAGGCAUAGCUUUCGGUCUGUCAAAGGAACAAUUUCGGAUUUGUCUUUGACUCUUUUUGAGUCUUUUAUAUAAGUUUCACAAUUGUCAAUAAGCUUGAGCACCUCAGUUUCCACCAAAUUUAAAUUCUCUCCACCAUCUAAAAUUAAGUUCACUCUCGUGUACAAGUCUUCU